ACCUGACCGGCUGCCGGACACCGCGCGUGCGCAGCCAUCAGGCAGCGGGAAGAGCGGAGUGCGCAGGCGCGGGUAAGAUGGCGGAUGACAAGGAUACCCUGGGCAAGCUGAAGGAUCUUGCGCAGCUGAAGGGUCAACUGGAGAGCAUCCAGCGGAGGGUGGAGGAGGAGGUCCAAAUGGGAUUGCCCAAUGGUGGCUCCCUGUUGGCUUCUCCGUUCCUGAAGGGAUUCCUGGCAGGAUACGUUGUGGCAAAACUGCGAGCCUCCGCCGUCCUGGGCGUGCUGGUGGGGACAGCCACCGGGAUUUAUGCAGCCCAAAACUACAACAUCCCCAAUGUAGAAAACACAAUCAAAGAUUACCUGAACUCAAUGAAGAAAGGACCAAAAUAAGGGACGUUUUCCCCGUUGCCGCAGUCUGGGAGCCAGCUGGCUCUGUCCCAAGUGUCAGGGACGGGGGAAUCGCUGGACAAUCGAACACAAGCUUGGAACAUAACUGACCUUUGAUAUUAUCGGUGUAAACAACUUACUGUAACUUGACUGGCUGUAGCUUGAAGCUUUCAAUGAAUCUGACUGAAAGACGGGUGCUUGUGAAUGCACAA